AUGGGCAACGCACGGAUUGCAACCUUGCUAUUCUGCGCUUUCACCUAUUACGUGCUGUGUAGUUGUAAAUUUUCAGGCCAAAAUCAGUUCCCCGAUUCCUCGAACUAUUUUCGCCGUUCUCUUACCGCUCUUCGCCGUCAGCAACAUUCCGGCUUCCCUAUGGAUGAUACCCGCAGCACCGUUCUGUUGCCUCAGAAACGCUCUAAACAGUUUGAAAACUUUGUGGAGUUGCCCAGCACCGAAGUGUAUGAAGCACCCCAUCCUGGCUUUGAUCGCAUACCCUACAACGAGUACAAUCGCAUAGUGAGCGCAUUAAAAGAGAUGCUGCGUGCGCGCGAAGAAAAACCCAUUACAUUGCGUCCGCGCCCUGGGCGUCGUUCAACGGGCGCUGAUUAUCCGCUGUGGCACUAUCUUCUGAACGAUGCUGGUGAUAUGGGCUUGAAUGCGGACGAUAACGCUGCUCUGGUGGGCGAGGCAGCUGAUGCAUUGACGGAUGCGACGCUGAAAAAAUCCGCGCCAUUCAAACCACGUCUCGGAAAACGUUGCGGAAGUCGAAUAUGCGAGUGA